CUACACUGACUUGCAUUAACUUAUAUUCCAUGACAUUAGAAGACACGCCUUUAAGGCUGAGCACAUACCAUCACGGAACUAGUUGCGAAACGAGUUUAUAGCACACAGACGUGAACUUCUAUUGUUAUAAAGUGCUGAUCAUUUUGACUCUUUACACAUGGCGCAGUUUGUGUAUUUUACUGUUUUGUUGGUGUUUUGUGGAACAGGGGACUCACUGGAAACCACUACCAGCCCUCAACAACAAAAUACUGGCGAUACCAAGGACUUAUGUGAGAAAUCCAUAUCUACCCAUGGAUUUCCGGGUAUUCCAGGAUCCAGUGGUAUGCCGGGAAUGCCUGGCAUUCCGGGGCCACAAGGACCGCAGGGAAGAGAUGGAGUUAAAGGACAGACUGGUGACAAGGGAUUGCAAGGAAUGCUGGGACAAAAGGGAGCGAAAGGAAAUGAAGGCCCUCGUGGGAAGAGCGGACCGCCAGGAAUGAUGGGAAUAAAAGGAGCGCGGGGAACUGUGGGCGAUCAAGGAAUAAAAGGCGAUAAGGGAGAGAAAGGAGAAAGCGUGACAAGUCCUUCUAGUGCAGUGCCACAAACCAACUGGAAACAAUGUGUGUGGAAAAAUCUGAAUGAGGGUCGAGAUAGCGGUAAGAUCAAGGACUGUUCAUUCAAUAAGCUGCAGUCUGAUACAGCGAUCAAAGUCUCAUUCCAGGGAAAUAUGAGAGUCAUUGGUUCUGGAAAGUGUAACCGGUGGUUCUUCAAGUUUAAUGGCAACGAAUGCAGUGGGCCAAUGACAGUCGAAGCUGUUGUGUACAACUAUUGGCCAUCAUCUGCUGAGAAUUCCAAUCUGCUUCAUCAUCGAUCAUUUGAGGGAUACUGUGAAAACAUUCCACAGGGCACGGUUAGAGUGGAAUUAUGGGUAGGAUCUUGUCCUAGUGGCAGUACUUUGGGUGAAGCUUACACUGGAUGGGAAUCGGUGUCCCGGAUAAUGAUUGAAGAAUUGUCUAGGCCCCAGUCCUAAUUGAUCAGUUUUUAUUAUCGAGAUCAUUGCUGCUUUAGUCGCAAUCCAGAACUGACAUAUUUGUGUGCUUGUGUGCUAUUAGUGAAACUUGUUUAGCUACAGAAACAGUUAGAAGUAAGUAAAUGUGAUGAGUCUGCAGUAAACAUUUUCUAAAAUAGAAAAUUCACGAAGCUUCAUUUCUAGUUUGCACUGUAAUUAAUUAAUAAUGAGAAACGUAGUGCUUGCAUUUAAGGCCAAGAUUUAAUUCUAAAUAAAGAUACUCCUUUAGGAAUAAGUUUGCCAGUUAAAUCCAUUUUCUAACAAAACUGAUUUUGCUCGGUAUGUUGGUUACUCUACAGGUUACAGGUCUAUUGCACCGAUGCCUCACAGUUUUUUGUUCAAAUCUCAAUGUACCAUGUUACUUUAUAAGUGUUGUAUUAUUAUAGUCAUUUAUUGGCACGCGUAGGAAGGCGUUAUCAAAAUAUAAAUAUAAAGUGUUGCCAAUGUCUUUUCGGUGAAACUUCGUAACGUCUUCUACUGAGUCUAUAGAAAUAGCAUUGACGAGAAAUAUGCGCUUGAAACUGGAAACGUUUUGACCUAUAUUUUUAAGAAUCAUAUGAUCUUGCAGUCUUGUUUGUGGCAAUAAACAGCUUUAGAUUAAAAAGCGAGAACACUUCUUCCUUUAUGCAUUUGCCUUGUAACCUCUCCUUGUUGUACUUCUCGGUCCAGCUCACAUGUUUGUG